UUCAGUUGGGCCAUGUGGUGCUCUCCCCAGUCUGGUUCCUCUACAGCCUGCUCAUGAAGCUGUUCCAGCGCUCCUCGCCGGCCAUCACCCUCCAGAGCCCGGACGUCAAGUACCCGCUGCGGCUCGUCGACAAGGAGAUCAUCAACCAUGAUACCCGGCGCUUCCGCUUCGCCCUGCCAACACCCCAGCACAUCCUGGGCCUCCCUGUUGGCCAACACAUCUACCUCUCAGCUCGAAUCGAUGGAAACCUGGUCAUUCGGCCCUACACACCCGUCUCCAGCGAUGAUGACAAGGGCUUCGUGGACCUGGUCAUCAAGGUUUACUUCAAGGACACCCAUCCCAAGUUUCCCGCUGGAGGGAAGAUGUCUCAGUACCUGGAAAGCAUGCAGAUUGGAGACACCAUUGACUUCCGGGGCCCGAACGGGCUGCUGAUCUAUCAGGGCAGAGGGAAGUUCGCCAUCCGUCCCGACAAGAAAUCCGACCCCGUCAUCAAGACAGUGAAAUCUGUCGGCAUGAUUGCAGGAGGGACAGGCAUCACCCCAAUGCUGCAGGUGAUCCGCGCCAUCAUGAAAGACCCAGAUGACCACACCGUGUGCCACCUGCUCUUUGCCAACCAGACCGAGAAGGACAUCCUGCUGCGGCCUGAGCUGGAGGAGCUGAGGAAUGAACACUCUGCCCGUUUCAAGCUCUGGUACACGGUGGACAGAGCCCCUGAAGCCUGGGACUACAGCCAGGGCUUCGUGAACGAGGAGAUGAUCCGGGACCACCUUCCGCCUCCGGAGGAGGAGCCGCUGGUGCUGAUGUGCGGGCCCCCACCCAUGAUCCAGUUUGCCUGCCUGCCCAACCUGGAGCGCGUGGGCCACCCCAAGGAGCGCUGCUUCACCUUCUGAGGGCCCGGCGCCGGCUGCACACACGCCCACCUGCCCCGCGUGCGCACCUCGCCCCGUCCACACUCGACCCUUCGCCACCCCACUCUGCCCCACCUCACGCUGGGGCCCGGCUUCAGCCUGGCCUGCCCGCGCCCUGGUGACCGCCCCGCUGAGCUGGCCCCGAGGGUCCCCUUUGGGAGCAGCGUUCUGUUUCAGGUGCGCCGCAGCGGAACCUCCAGGACAGGUUCCUGCCCAGCACUUGCUGGUUCGUACCAGAGAUGCCCGGCUGCAUGCCUGUCCCCCAGCCCAGCACCCACACUACAGAGGAGGGCUGCCAGCACCUCGCUGCUCUCGGCCCUCGGGGCAGUGGGUCACAGUCUGGACGUCAGCAUGGCGUGCGCACAGACCAGAGCUGCAGGCGUCAGGGCCUGGCCCCGCCACUGUCCUCCCCAGCCACCCCUCACUGCCUGUCUUGGGCCACAGCCAGGCACCUGACACUACACGAGAUGGGUGACACCAAAAAGUCCUCUUGGGGUGGGCGGCUUGGGGUGAAAGGCUGCCCCCACCCCAGGGCCCAGGCAGGCCCUGGCCAGCUGGGAGCCUGGCUCUCCCCGUGGCCAGAGUGGAAGAGAAUGCUGGCCAAGCCCUGGCGCCAGCACGUGGGCCCUCCUGACACCUCGGUGUCUCCCCCCAACACAUCCUGCGCUAAGCGGCGCUGGGCGGCCCACCGCCCGCCCUGGGGCACCGCAGCGACUGUGUUUAUUACUGCUCUGUCCCAAGCCUGCCCCUCCUCCUGCCCUCGCCCCCAGCACCGGGGAGAUUUUGAGCAGUGCCUCUUGUCCCAGCGACAUAUCGUGGCCUCGAUGUUGCCUUUAGACAACAGCUGUGUUAGCUCUUGCGUAUCGGCUUUUUCAGAGUCAUUUAUGAGCAGAAAAAAAAACUGAAAUAAAACUUUGCUAAUA